AUGGAUAUUCAGCAGAAAUAUUUCGUUCAGUAUAUGAUAAAAAAUGGUACAGUUCCAGUGCAGAAGGCUUUAGCUAUUUGUCAAAAAAUUCCACAAGGGUCCAUUCAAGACCUAGUCCAAUUAAAGUACUCAAUAAUAGUCAUAAACAGAGAAAUAUCCAAACAAUAUUUCAAAAUAGCAAACACGACUUGCGAAGUAACCGGCCAAGAUCUUUUCAUUUGGGCCAACACAAAAAACGACAACAUCUCAAAGUUGCAAAUCACAUUCAAGGCCAUCGAACUAGAGUAUUUCCAUGCCAUUCUACAAGAAAUUCUCAACUCUGAGGAUUACAGAUUGAAAUAUAUCGUUGUGGUCAAUAUCACUUCGACCCUCACUGCAUCUUUUACAAGGGUUAAUGGACAAACACUGCUGACAAAAUGGAUAAAGUCUGGCUAUUUUAUCAAGAACGGAGAAUAUGUUCAUUUAGGCCCAAGGCUUAUUUUAGAAUUCACCUCUUAUCUGAUGACCCACAGGCCAGAUCAAACUUGCAAAUUAUGCUCGGAGUUGGUAUUCACUGGCAAAAAAUGUGGAUCAUGUGGUCGAUUACUGCAUACACAUUGCUUGCAGAAGUAUUUGACUAACCAAAGUACUUGUCCCGUUUGUAAGGAACUUUGGCAGGAUGUACCUAAUGAAACUUUGAUGCCACACACGCAGAAUAAUGUUAAUGAGGAGGAUACUGAUGAUCAAUAUGAUGAAUCUAGCGAGGAAUCUACUCCAAUGGAUAGUCAAUAUGAUGAGCCUAUUGCAGGACCUUCUCAGGGGAAAGGUUCAAGGAGGAUAAUAUAA